AUACGGUCCUGGGAGGGAAGCGCUAUUUUAAAAUAAUAAACGAUCGACAUACAUGUAGCUGCUUGGCACUUAAAUAAUGGUAUUAUAGGUGAGCUGUAGCGUAGCAGACAGACCGAUAAUACUUUUUACAUCCAAGUUACUUUAAGCUUUACACAGUUGUAAGUAACGUUCAAGUAACGUGGAUUCAUAUUGAACAUUUGGUGUAGUUUCAAAUUGCUCACAAUAGAAUACAAAAGAGAUGGAAGACUUAGAUAUUACAGAGAAUAGUUAUCUUGAAUAUAAUUGUGCACCAUCGUUUUCUAAACGCUCAAAGUUACUUGCACCUGAAAAAUAUCUUGAAUGUGAAAAUACUAUAGCAGAUUUUCCAUUGCCAAGUUUUCAUGGUUUGCCACUAGAAUGUAACGAUCAGCAUCUUCUGUUUCAAAAUACCCUGCAAGAUGAAACUUCUGAAGAACAGUAUUUAAUGCAAAAAAGUAUUAAAUAUCCUGGAUGCGAAUUUGGAACUGUAGAGGCAGCAGAAUUUAUUAACAUGAAUUCGACUGAAAUAAAUAAGGUAUCAGACAUGAGCUUAUAUGUAGUAAAUAACAAUGCAAAUAUGUGUCAGGAAUUAGAAAGCAAAAAGCAAACAUUUCUGAGGGAUAUAGAUGUUCCCUUUGGACGUGAUACAGAAGAUACUUCAGAAAUCGUUAACAAUGGGGCUGGCAGGAAAAAUGAGACUUUCACAGUGGGAGAUUUUGAAAUGGGUUUACUAGAGCCUGAUUAUAUUGUGACUCUGGAUGAAGUGGAGCCAGUCAGAAGGAUGAACAAGCUCUCGAAAUCUGGAUGUGACAAUAAGACCUCAGACCGUGCUUUUGAAAAUGUCAUUCUAAAUGCAGCCAUACCCAGUCUGGACAAAAGCUUUUCAGGGAGUCAAAGAGCCAAAGAUGAUAGGAAGCAUGAUGUACAUCAGUAUAACAGGACUGAAAAGUAUCCAAUGGUGAGCACAUUGUUUAGUGACCACAUCAGAUCUCUGCCAUCUCUCAUUCAGAAUGAGAGUGUUUCAAAAAUGGAGGAGCAUGGAUUAGAGUACAAGGGAAAUGGAGCUAGACUGAAGGCUGAUAAGAAAGACGUUGUAGAAAUUAAACUGGAAGCAAAAGCUGAAGUUAACCAUCACAAUGUGCAUCCUGAGAGAACUGCGGCUGAGACAUCUUACCAUAUCAACAAUCCUGCAACUAUUGAUGCUGGAUUAAGAAAUAAUUUAGAAAGCAAGGAAAGUGCGAACAGUGUCGAUUUGCACUAUGUCGUUAGAGCUCCAUGGGAUGAUGCUUUUUGUACAGCUACGGAAAGUUUGUAUGAAUGCACUGAACAGGCACCAGGAAAGGACUCUUGGAGCGAAUCACAAAUUCCAGAUGAUGCAGUGAAUGUAGCAAACUUAACCGAGUUCCUCAUCUACAGUGAAACUGGCCUAUUAGUACACAAUAAACCUGUUGCAUCAGGAUCUACUGUGGUGUUGAUGGAGCAUCGGUUUAAAAAAACUCAGGAAACAACAUAUUUGGAUAAACAUAUUUUGUCAGACAUGGUGAAAAUUAAAACAAACAAAGUUUUAGUCUCUGGUAUCAGUACGAAAGAUAAAUUGGAUAGUUUUCCUUUUGUGGAGAGAUGUGUAUUAAAAAAUAGACAGCUUUUACUGUCAACACACAGAAAUAUAACCAUUGACAAACAUCAGGAAGGAGAGUUGCUUGCUGCUGCCACUGCCAAUGAUGCGGUAGUACCUAAGUGGGAUUCACGCCAAGGCAAUGAACAAGAGAACAGUCUGAACAACAAUGCUCAGUUACCUGUGCCUUUCAGCUCUGACUUGGUUCCUACAAUUUUUGAUUCCCACUUGGUUCCUAAGACAUCAGUAGAAUCCAGCCCUCUUCUCAACAAAUCAACUGUCAGAGAAUGUACCAUAAUGUUACAGUCUCGUUCUGAAGUAGCUCAGCCUUCACAAGAGGUUAUUCAGAAUCACACUAAGCCACUUGUAGAUUUACAUAAGACUAACACAGUUGCAGAAAACGAGUGUGUUAUUUUUCAGGAUGGAUCCACCCUUUGUAGCAUCAGUAAUAAGGGCUCUACUGAAAGUGUCUAUUAUGAAAAAUCCCUAAAUAAUGACAUCUUUGACAUAAGGUCGGGGAACCAGGUAGUUGGACAAGAUAGAACAGAACCGUUGGAAGGGAAAAUGUUCAUUUCAAAAUCUGAUGACAAUAUCACACCCACAUUUGAAGCUAAGGAAAACUUUGACUUGGUACUGAAGGAGCUAUUUCUAGAAAAACAUACGGACACAUAUAUACUAUUAAGACUGAAGCCUCGUAAAACGUUACCGAUUAAAGGGCCUGAGGAGCAAGCUUCUGAGCAGCAAACUGAGCCUAUGUUGAGGAACGCUGUAGAGGAAAAGAAAGAAAGCACAGAUAAAGAGUUGAAUAGCUGUAAUAUGACAGCUUUUAGAGGGCAGAAAGAAACUACACCUGACAGACAUGGCUGUGAAUAUGAGCAGGAGGUGCCUUUGGAAUGUGGCCAUCUAACAACAGAGUUAGAAAAUUCAAUGUACUCCACUGUCAAGCGUAAGGGAUGCAAGGAGGUUUUGGAUGAACGUAACAAAUUGACUCCUGCCUUCAUAUCUCUUGCCUCCUUUAAUGGACAGAAUCAAAUGUUGCCUGGACAGUACAGAAGGCUGGAGCCUUUGAAGACUUGCAGUCGGCCAAUAAGAGUGGGCCUUUCCAAGAGGGCCAAACCCAAGCAACUUCACAGCUACCUAAAGUGAGGUACAGUUAGCUAUGGGUUUGACAGGCAUACUGAGAAAAUUGUGUGCGUUUAAUGUUACUGGAAUAUUUCAGCCUUUGUUAGGGUAACACAAUAGGGUAACAAAAGUUUUCCAAUGGUUUUUAUAUAAGUCACUAACCCUGAGUACUUUUAAUAGUUAAUGUGUCAAUUUGGAAUAGUUAUUUUUAAAUAUAAAUGAGUUACUAGUUUGUAAGACGGUUGUUCAGUGUUUAUUUUUUAAUGCCUUUGUUUUUCUUUAGUAAUAUUUGGAACCAUAAUAUCUGAAAGGUUGUGUAUUUAGAACAUAAUAUUUGCAGUCAAUUAAAACAAGCAACAGAAAAAUAUAUAUGAAAUCCUUUUUGUUAUGCAUUUAAUAUUCUGGUGAAAAUUAUUAUUUAUGCUAUAUUAAGUGCAAAAUUUGAAAUAAAUAUUUGAAUUUCA